CACGAACUCGCUUUCCCGCCUUUCGAACUAAACUCGAAUUAAUUUAAAUUUAUUUCGUUAUCUAUGGCCGGCUUUCAGUGAAGUGUGAAGAGAUCGUAUAUUAUUUUAAGUGAAAUAAAUACAGUUGAGUGUUUUUUAUCUACAUCUACAAUUCUUAAUAACGGGUAGCGGUAUAUGUGUUAUGAAAAGUAUUUUAACAAAGUGGUUUUGUGAAUGAGUGAUAGCUUAUAAGUGAUAUUUUUUGUUAUUAUUCUGUGAUUGUACAAGCUAGUAGACUAUAAAUAUAAAAGUUUAACGUUUAACGCGGGUGCUUGCUCGGCUUGCGUGUGUUUCACUCAGAAGCACCACGAGGACUGCAACAAAACAGCGAUGGCUUGGCCUGAAGUUGUGCGAUGAAGCUGCAGACGAAGAGGAGGGGAUGGACGAGCCUAGCGCCGCCAAGCGGCCGUCCGUGUUAACAAUAGACCGGGCCGCGUUUCUUCUCCUACGGGUCAGGAGAGCGUUCAAAAAGAAACGGCAGCAGAGAAAGGAAAAACAUGCGGCGGCUGCGUCUGCUGCAGCGGUCGAUCCAUUUGUCGGUCGCCGAGGACCGCCACCAUUGCUGCGCUCGCGCACACUGCCUGCAAUAAUAGCGCCCGGCUUUUCAAUACUGCAUGCUCAAAUCGAUCCUCAAAGGACUACUGAAAUAACACAAAGUCAACUUCUCUGUCGGGGGGUGUCAACACACAAAGUCUGCGGUCUACGUCCUCACGCACCCCGGCUUUCCUUCAUCAACAAGGACGAACCCGAUCCUCAUGAACUUCGUCGCAAGUCAGCCUCCAGUCGUCUCGGUAACUCGCCGAGAUCCAGCAUAGCGAGUGACGACAGAGCUGAUGGAUUGGUACUUAGAGUUCCAACACCUCGCGGGUCAGUGUCGAGCGCAGGCGGGAGUAGCAGUGGGUCUCGACUUGCGCGCUUACUCACUCAAACCGUGCGUGGGACUCCGGAAGAAACCGGCGCUGAUACACCACGCCGACUCAGUUGGGAAAGACGUGAGUCAGGAGGACAGUUACCUCGCUCAGCCAGCAUCGACUCUGUGGUGGAAGCAGCAAUCUGCGCGAGACACUCCGAGCCAAGUCCUACCACGCUACAGCUGCCGAGAGCUGAUCGGGCCUUGAGCCUCGUCUCCCCCGCGGUCGGCCGGCGAGCAAAAUCUCAGAGAGGACAAGCCGAGCUCCAGUACGGCGCGCUGUUGGAUGGGUGCGGGGGGGAGUUGCCGUCGCUGAGCGCAUGCGCGCCGCUCCCCCCGCACCUAGACAAAGCGGCUCGCCGGCUGCAUAAAGAUGCGCGUGCGCACCAGGAUAAAAUCACACAAGUUAACAUACAUUUACAGGCUCUUUUUGCAGCGGUCGAACAUGGCUACCUCGACAAAGCCAGAAAUAUCUUGGAGUCAACCGACGUGGAUGUCAACAGCCUCAAUCCAGACGACUUGUCGCCCCUGGACGUGGCUGUUUUGGCGAGCAAUCGGCAACUCGCCAGAAUGCUUAUGGAGUUUGGAGCUAAAGAAGGGCCCCAAUUCAAAAACCCCGAAGCUUUGGGCGCGCAUCUGCGCAGAUUAUCACGAGAGGCGGAAUCGCGUCUGCACGAAGUAACCGGAUACAUUCCAGAGAAGGCUUGUCGGGAUGACGUUUGCAGGUCAGGUGGUCAGGCUGGAACUAUGGGGUGUGCUGGAGGAACAGGCUCCGAGAAAGACAAACAAACUCAACAUUGGGAGAGGAGAGUCCGGACAUUGAAACGCUUGCUGCAGGGCUGGCAGCAGGCGCGCGCGCCGCCCGCGCUGCCGCCGCCCGAGCUCGACGUGUGCGGCGCGCACUCCGUCAGCGUGCGCCUGCGCGACCCGCGCGACCCGCACAUCGUCUCCAAGUACAGAGUGGAGUGGUCGUCCCGCGCCGACUUCUCCAACGUGUGCGGGUGCCGCGAGCUGGCGGCGUCGGGCGCCAGCAGCACGCGCGUGCCGGUGGCGGGCCUCACCCGCGGCCGGCGGUACUUCUUCAGGGCGGCCGCCGGCAACCUCAAGGGCUGGGGACCCCACACCGUGUCCGUGCCCAGGAGCGUCGUCCCCAGCAGCUGGCGCGACGCGAGCGCGCGCGAGGGCCGCGAGGGGCGCGGCGGGCGCGGCGGGCGCGGCGCGGCGGGCGGCGCGGGCGCGGCGCUGGAGGCGCUGUGCGCGGCCGCGGGCAGCGCGCGCCAGCGCUCGCACGCGCGACACACGCGCAAGAAGACCACCAUCCGGCAGCUGUUCACCGCCGCCAGCAAGUUCCAGAAGAACCUCCGGAGGGGCGUCUACCUGGCGUGCAUCGUCUACCACGAGGACAAGGUGCUGGUCACCGGCGAGGAGUUCCUGCCGGUCAUCGAGGUGGACGAGACCUACCCCGCCUGCAUCUACACCGACUUCCACUGGCUCAUGAAGGUAUCGUGUUCCUGGGAUGAAGUGAAGUCACUCAGAUCAGACAUGGAGAAGCACACCUCUUCAUCGAUACACUUUAGGUUGAAACUACUCACGGCCGCAGCUCAAAUGCAAUCCGCGCUGUGUAUACAAGACUUAGGUCAACUGUACCACAAGCCACUCCGAGACGCUCACGGCACGGUGGUACUUUCUUGCGUGAAUAUGGUCAAGUCGCCUAAAUCUGUCUCCGCGUUGAAUUCAAAAUGGGCUCCAGUCUCCAAACUUAGACGGAGAGUUCUCAGUGAAGAUAACACGAUGGGCGAACUACUGAUGGCGUCUGUCCACGAGCAGAUUGCGUACCAUCAGGUAUCCAGAGAUCAGUUACCUCGUGGCCUAUAUUUAGGGUACCUCAAGCUGCAGUCCUCAGUCGAAGUAGUACGGAUCGUAGCUCCCGCGCGGACUCCUAACGUCCCUCCACACACACGGAUUAGGGAUAAUCCUCAUGUAUCCGCAGAAGAAUGGGAGUACCUUAAGUCCCAAUCCGGAAAAACUGCAGAAGAAUCACAGUCUAUUAAUAAUUUAGUGUCAAUUGGAAACAACGAACAGCCUUCAGAAUCUCAAGAGAUGUUCAUCGAACAGAUAGCAACCGCCACGCGCAGACUCUUCCGAGACAUGGAGAUACCGGACGAGAACGUCAGCACCCACCGAAUAUAUGAUCUCGAGGUUAUUGAACUCAACCACGAUGUUAGUUUCAUCAUGAUAUGUCCGCCGGCAGAACAAGCCUGUUCCGUGCCCGGCCAGAAGGAAAUCCUGCUCCAGAAAGGAGAUCUACUUAGUCUCCCCAUCCAGGCUUUCGAAAUGAUCCACUUACAAACUUACCACAAUAACAUUUUAAAUAAAUACUCAAAACUGAGCUGUGUAUUAGAAUUAGAUGUAGCUUUAGCCGCCCAUUCCCAAAGAGAAGCGUUCUCCUGCAGCGAGCUCCAGACCGCGAAAGAGAGAUUAACAAAGUUAGAAGAUCUCCAAAACAAUUUAAACCUAAUAUGGAAGGCGGAGCGAUGGCUUAUGGACCUGAUAGGCUUCGCGAGGGAUAAAGAUAAAGCUGGCCCCAGUUCGGGAAUAUUGCUCAAAAAUGUACUCGAUAAAACGACGUCCAAAACGUCUAUCGAUAGACCGGACGGUGGGGAUUCUGAGAAAGAUAUAAACUUAAAAAUAGAUUUACUGCAAAUACCGCCGCGAGACGGGAAAAUUACUAAGACGUCACCCGGUCGCGGCUCUUGGCCCGGACCGGCCGGCAACGGCAACCACACUAGCCUACAUCCGGAAUUUAGUAAAUCUGAGCAACAACUAAGCCUAGCCCCCCGUCAAACCUCAGUCUCAACGAUAAACCUGAGUGGCUCGCAAUAUCUUCAUUCCGAUACCAAAUAUGCCAGGAAAGGUAGCGCCGAUUCGCAAUUCACACAGUCAAGCAUUAUGAGUACUAAUUAUAUGAGUAGCAAUUCACAGUUCGACAUCAAAUCAGGAUCAGGAUCUCACGUCAGCAUUACCAACAGCCGCCUCCCUCCAUCCCGGAGCGAAGACACGCUGGUACUACAAAACGAGAACAUCGAACCUAAGCCCCGCCCACACAGUAUUAACGCCAGCGUCUCGACGUCGUCCAGCCCACUGUUAAUGGUGAAGAACUUUUAUCCGGGUAGCAUGAUCAGUGUGAAAACUGGCAAAACAAACGUUUCAGAAUCCGCCCAAAGUCUAUCGAGUGACUCCGAGAGCCAAAGCUGUCCAAUAACGACAGCGGUUCCGCUCAAAAUCCGUCCGUCGAAUCACCGAACACAGUGCAACGUUAUUUCAUCGAAGAGCAUGAACAAUGUGAAGAGUUCUGAAGUGGACUACACGGACACCGGCCAAGACAUGUUCAGCAAGGGACACUGUGUCAAGCGACAGCCGUUGUUGGAAACGCAGGAAGAAAUAGAAUAUAAUAAUAAGGUUCCUAAGACUGAUGGCAGACAGAGCGAUAACGAGGAGCGAAGUGCUAAUCUACCUGUAGAACAGAGAACUUCGGAGCAAGCGGGUAUUUUACAGGUGUUUGCAGCCUACGAGACGGGGCUGGCGGCGGGCACGUCGCUGAAGCUGCACGUGACGCCGCGCACGUCCGCUCGAGAGGUCAUCGACCUCGUCGUCAAGCAGCUCAACAUGGCCGCCGUGCUCAAAGGGAAACCUGGUCCUGUUUAUGGUCCGGAGAAACUUCAAGAUUUCUGCUUAGUGGCAGUUAUAGGAGCUAGAGAGAGAUGCCUACGAGACGAUUUUCGACCGCUCCAGCUCCAGAACCCAUGGAGAAAGGGAAGAUUAUACGUCAGGCUCAAACAUGACGUGUUAGCGGCUCUACAGCAUUCUGCCAAACAACCAGCUUACAUUUAAAUUUAGAACAAUAUAUUUUAAGAAAAGAGAUUAAAUUUAUUAAUGUAGAUAAUAAAUACAAGAUAUAUUAUUUUUAUUUUUUAAAUGAGGUCUAUAUCUCCGAAUAAAAUAGAAUAAUUUUAAUUUUCGGUGCCAAUUAUUAUUUUUUGAUGCUUUAAACGACUAGUAUUAUAGUGAAAGUUGUGAGUAACUCUAGAUGGAUUACAGAAUGUUUGGUGCUUAUGACUGUAAAAUACAUCGCUCUUUGAAUGACAUCUUUUCAAUCUUAUCUCUGUUAUAUUCUAUAGAAAUUAAUCUUUGUAGCUUUUCCUGUCAGUCUAUGUUACUCGUGUAUUACUCUUAAUACAAUUUAGAUCUAGCUCUACAAAUUCCUACGACACUUGAACUAUCUUUCAGUAUAUAAAAUAUCUUAAAAAAGUAUACAUCUAGAACCUAAGUUUUAACCAACUUUAAUUUUCAAUAUAAUUCUUUCAGACAGAUUCUAACUAUAUAAGAAACAAAAUAAGAUACAUAAUUACAUUUAUUGAAAAUCAUCUGUAUAAUAUAUCCAUAAAAAAAGAAAGUGCCUGAUUAUUUAUUUGAAAGAAUAUAACGUAAUUUUAUCACAAUAACGAUUAACAGAGUUCAAAAAAUUCAAAUGAAAUAAUUUUCAAAAUAUUUCUUAACAUUUUACUCUUGCUCAAAGCAAAUAACUACCAAAAAACUCAUAAAACACCAGGUCAACAAGAAAUAUGUAAAUAAAUUUAAUAUAAUCAUAUACAAAUUGAUAGUACUGUGUGUAGUUGAUAUUAUGAAUAUCCUAUGUGAUUGUAUAGGUUAUGCCGAAAGAGGGCUUUUUGAAAUCAACGGAAUAUUUAAGAAUACUUUUAGAUUAACGUAUAAAGUGUUACCUAAAUUGCCAUAACUCAUUUUUGUAUAUGUAUAUACAUAUAUAUACAACAUAAUUUUUAUUAAUUAUUUCUCGUAAAAUAGUAUAAACUACAAUUUGGUAACUCUACAUAAUCGAAUCGAUCUAUUUUUUAAUAACAACGAGUGUGUAAGAUUAUUUUAUCUGGGCAAAAUACAACAGAAAUUGAAAUAUUCCUUUUAUAUUUCCGUUUUCGAUUUCAAAUACACUUUGUUAGUUAAACAUUAUUGAUGUAGUUAGUACAUUGUAUAAAAUAUCAAAGAUUCGAGCCAUUCUUACGGAUUGCAAUUAUUGUUACAAUAAAGCCUAACUAAAUGUCUUAUGAUGGUAUAUUAAUAAAAUUGUUUUAUUUGUAGAUUAUUUUAAUAACGUGUAAGAUUCACCCUUAUUCGCGGUGUUGUACAUUAGAGACUAGAAAAAUGGAAGUAUAAAAUUAUGCACAAAAUAAAUGUAUUUGAAAUCUUAA